AUUUACUGACGUGCGCUUGAAAAUGUUGAUGUUAACAAUUAAAUUUUAAUAUAUAUUUUGCUAUUUUUGUUGUGCGUUUUAUGAGGUCGUGUAAUGCUAAUGUUUAAAUAAUAUAUUAUUUUGUUGUCCGAGUUUUUGGUCGAAACCAUAUUUCGAAUUUUAUGUCAUUGCUAAUUUCUGUGUUCAGAUCAUGAGUUUAACAACAGCAGCUGCUGCUGCUAAAAUAAAGAGCAUUACGGCUGUAGCGGUCAGCGUCGGCGUAACAUCUGGCGUGAUCGUGCACGCCUUUCGUCAAAAAAAGCAAUUUUAUCCAUCCGUUGUAUACAUAUGCAAAUCCAAUCCGAGCAUGGCGGUAAUAUACGUGCAAGCAUUGGUAAUGGUCUAUUUGUUAGGCAAAUUAGCUGGCAAGUUAUUUUUUGGUACAUUACGUGCAGCAGAAACUGAACGGUUAAUCGAAAAAGCUUGGUACGCCAUCACAGAAACCUGUCUAGCGUUUACGAUAUUCAAAGACGAUUUGAGCCCAAAAUUUGUGGCGUUGUUUACUUUGCUGCUCUUCUUGAAAUGUUUUCAUUGGCUUGCCGAAGAUCGAGUAGAUUACAUGGAACGCACUCCCGUUAUAUCAUACCUGUUUCAUAUCCGCAUUUGGUUCUUGCUAUCACUUUUGACAAUAGCUGAUAUAUAUUUUGUACAUGACGCGUACACUACAACUAUUACUAAAGGACCAUCCGUACAGUUAGUUUUCGGCUUUGAGUAUGCAUUACUUAUUACUUUAGCCAUGAAUGCUGCAGUCAAAUAUAUUUUGCACGCAUUAGAUGUGCACAGUGAUACGUUUUGGGAAAACAAAGCUGUGCUCUUAUUGUACUUGGAAUUUUUCAUUGGGUUUUGUAAAGCUGUCAUGUACGUAAUAUUCCUUGCCAUCAUGGUACGCACUUAUACUAUUCCGUUGUUUGCAUUCAGACCGAUGUAUCACACAUUAAGGAAUUUCAAAAAAGUGUUCCAAGACUUAGUGUUGUCUCGCAAAGCUAUACAUAACAUGAACACACUGUAUCCAGACGCUACCGCCGAGGAUUUCCAAACGACAGAAAACGUUUGCAUCAUAUGUCGUGAGGACAUGACCGACACUGCGGCGAAAAAAUUGCCUUGCAACCACAUCUUUCAUACGUCGUGUCUACGCAGCUGGUUCCAGAGACAUCAAACUUGUCCUACAUGUCGAUUGGAUAUAUUGCGCUCCACUCCUGCGCCUUCAGCAAAUAACCCAGCGACUCCUCCGCCUAGACCCACGACGACAACGGACCCAUCGGCCACUGCUGCAUCUGGAUCGACUGCUACAGCUAAUGCAGACGAUCAUAACAAUGCGGCAUCAUCAUCAUCUCAGUCUGCUAACACAGUGCCCGAAUCUAGCACACAAAACUAUGAACAUUUACUUAGAUCAUUCCUAACAAAUUCUGGCGCUAAUAAUAGUAAUGGAGAUACUGGAAGGCAACUACCAAACGAAUUUUGGACUUCAUUUACAAACCACACUCCGGCUGUUGCAUUUAACUCAAACAACCAGUCGUCCUCUGGAGCUGUACCGCCCUUCAAUCCUCUACACAUGCCGUUUAUUGGUGCUGCCGCCAUUCAACCGCCGCCCGUGCCUGACAACCUCAGUGCCCUUUCUGAUAAAGAAUUACGAAUUAUGGAAGGAAACACUAGGGAAGCGUGUCUGGCCCGCCUCAAAUACGUGACAGACAUAAAAACCAUGUUGGACGCGGCUAUGGUUAUGAUGAACCAUUAUUCUUCAGCCUGUCUAAUAGCCGGAGUAAAUAAUGUACCUAGUACCAGUAGUAACGCUCAGAAUCGAGAACAGCAAGCGUCAAAGCAAGACAGUCCGACAGAAUGCAGUGCAUCUACUAGCAGUAGUGAUGGAGCUAAAACAAGUAGCGGUAGGGCUGUUGAUUCUAAAAACGACGAAACCCAAGAAGAACCACCUGAAGAAACCGAACAGCAACGAAUCAUUCGACUAAAAAGACUCGAAAAAUUCACCAAUCCCACUUCGUAAUUACCAUGUUUUUACACAAGCCGAAAUAUGUAUUUAUUUUACUUUGGUAUAUUAUAUUCUAAUGACAAAUAAUUCUAUCUUCAUCUUUUACUGUUUUUUUUUUCAUGAGAUAUAUAUUUUUUUUUUGUCAUAAGUUGUACAGGUGGUUCACAAAAUAUGUGGCUUAAUUAAACUAUUACAUUAUGCUGUGAUUAAGGUUAUUUUAUUUUAUGUUUUUUUUGUAAAUAUAUUAUUUAUUAAUUUUAUUAUUUACUUACAUUUUCAAUCGUUGUUUGAGAUCAUUAUGAUGCAAGUCAUUUUAUAAUAAUGAAAAUAUCAUUUAAAUAAUAGUAUUUUGUAACGAGAAAUAGUAGUAUUGUGGUAAAACAAGAACGGUGUUAUUAAUUA